AUGUCCUCAAAUGCUCCCGGUCCGUCUAAACAGUCUCUUAAUCCAUAUCAGACUUUUCCAUCAACAAACACCAAAAAUGAACGGCUGAAAUUUUCUUCAGCUCAGCCAUUCGUACCGACCUUCGUAGAAUCUCACCUCAGCAAGUCAAGAAAUCUCGAUCCAAAGGCUCUCUACGAAAACAGAGUCAAAAACAAGCCUAUUCUUCUUGAGAACCCUGCCCGUGACAGUCGACUCAAACAACAACGCGAGGAGACAAAGAGUCGCCGAGCGAAGGAACGAGAACGAAAGAAGUUGGGAUUGAUCAGUAAGAAGGAGGCGAGGUUUAAGGCGCUAUGGAGAUUCGAGAAAUCACAGAGGAGAUAUGAACUGUUUGUUCCGCUCCAUCAUUUAUGGCUGGGCUACAUGUCUGAAUUGCUCGGACUCGGUCCUCUCCCUACAAAACUGCCCGAAAAUCCAUCAAUGCCGAACUCUGCAUCUAUGCAUCCAAAACUCGUGAAAGCAGAUUUCCAUGGUUCUAUACUUAGAGUGAAGCAAGCGAAGAAUCCAUGCCUCGUGGGAUUAUCAGGAAUAGUAGUUCACGAGACUGAGAAUGCCUUCAAAGUUAUAUCCAUAAAGGAUCAAUUGAAACUGAUCCCAAAGCAAGGCUCCAUUUUCACAUUCAGGAUACCUUUAUACGACGUACGUUCCCUCGUGUCAACUCCAUCAUCAAGUGGGCAAUCAGAUGAUAGAAGUGCUGCAUUGGGAUCCCAAACGUUGGAUCUGAAUGCUAUUCCUCAAAUGGAGUUUGAAUUGUACGGAAACCAGUUCAGGUUCCGUGCAGCGGAGCGGGCAGGAAGGAAGUUCAAACCGAAGGACACGAUUGAACUAUAACUUAGCAAGGCGCUUUAUGUGUUCGCGUAUUUUGUGUCAGAGUAUAUCUCUCAGUGAAUUAAAAUCGGGCGAAGGCAGUUCGGCCUUCGACUAUCGUUCAACUCAUGGCUGCCACUCAUUGAACUACAUAUUCAAUAUGCACUAGCCUAACAACAGAAGAAGCCCGUUGCUCAUAUAUCUAACUGUCAAGACAAUGCAAGAUAUAAUUGGUAACAGGCAUAUAUUCUACUUCCGAUAAGAAUUCGGGCAUCAGU